AUGCUGAAAACUGCCUUUAAACUCUUGGUGCUCUCUGCUGCCUGCAGCCUGGCGGGGCUUACUGCCUUUUUAUUCUACAACAGAAACAGGAGCUUACCUUUCAUCACUGCAGCGCAAAACGCGCUAAAAUGGGAAAAUAAAGCUUCCUUCAGAACAGAGAAGACACCUGCAGCCCCGGAGGUCGGCCUGCAGACGUCAGCAGCGCCAGCAGGGCCCCUGCAGCCCUGCCCCGACGUGCCCCCCAACCUCCAGGGAGUUCUCCGUGUGGAGUUCAGCACCAACCGGAGCCUGGAGGACGUCCGGCAGCGGCUCGGUCCGGUCCUUCAGGACGGAGGACGGUACAAGCCCGCGACCUGUGUGGCCAAACAGAAGGUGGCCAUCAUCAUCCCAUUCAGAAAUCGGCAUGAACACCUGAAACACUGGCUGCAUUUCCUCCAUCCCAUCCUGAUACGGCAGCAGCUGGACUACGGCGUGUACAUAAUCAACCAGGAGGGAGACAGCGUGUUUAACCGGGCCAAACUGAUGAAUAUCGGACACGUUGAAGCCCUGAAGGAGUAUGAUUAUGACUGCUUUGUCUUUUCUGACGUAGACCUGGUACCUCUCGAUGACCGAAACCUCUACAGAUGUUCUGAUAACCCAAGACACCUUUCUGUUGCUGUAGACAAGUUUAACUUCAUAUUACCCUACGCCACCAUCUUUGGUGGCGUCUCAGCGAUCUCCAAGGAGCAGUUUUUGAAAGUCAACGGCUUUUCAAAUACGUUCUGGGGCUGGGGGGGUGAGGACGACGAUCUGUCCCAGCGGCUCUAUUUCAAGGGAAUGUCCAUAUCCAGACCAGAUUCUCUCAUAGGAAGGUACAAGAUGAUCAAGCAUGGAAGAGAUUUGCACAACAAUCCUAAUCCACAAAACGUUCAUAAACUGAAAGAAACGGCUUAUAAUAUGAACACAGAUGGCCUUAAUUCUCUAAGUUAUACAAUCAGGGAGAUCAAGAAGGAUUUAUUAUACACUUUUAUUACUGUAGAUGUUCAUGCUCCAGCAGGCUGAUUGCCUGUUAUGGAUCCUGCUCUUCAGUUCAGUUAAUAUUCAUUCAAGUUUAUUUCUCAUAAUUUAGAUUUUGAAUAUAAACAAAAGUCAACAUAAAAAAAAAAAAACUGUAGGAGCAAAACCAAAGAUAACUUUCUCAGGGUUGGUCAAUCCCACAAUCCCGCAGUGUAAGACGGGGGAUUGCUGGUGUGUGUGUGUGUGUGUGUGUGUGUGUGUGUGUUUAAUGAGACACUCAAAUGUUAUGAAAUUCAAUUAACUCCACACUGAAAACAGUUGCAUUAAGUUGUGUACUUUGCAGCAAGCAUAUGGUGACAGUGGACAGGAAGCCCCUGCUUUUAACAGGUAGAAGGAGCGAGCAGAACCAGUCACAAGACCGGACCAUCUGCAGUCACUAAGUGUGCAUCACAGGUGACACAUUUUGUUGAUGGAUCUUCCUCCUCAGUUCUUCAUAUUCAGACCCAACUCAUUCUGCUUUUUUCUAGAUUUGCCAACAUACAUCCAAGCUAAGAAACAGAGUUGAAACCUUUAUUUUAAGCAUUACUUUUCACGCAAUUAGACAAAGAAAUAAUAUAUUAAAUUGACAAUAACGUCAAAUCAGUAAGCGGAUUAAUAGCUCUAUAUUUAUAGAAAAGUGAAGGAAAACGAGAUUGCAAUAAGUCACAUUUUGCUCAUUAUCUUGGUUUCUAAAGUUUUUUUUUCUGUUUCAUUGUAUAAAUAACUCUAGGAAUGUAUUUACAUCUAUUCCCAAAACCUUGAUUUCUGUUUAUUCAAUAAUCUAUUCAACAACUACCAUGAGAGUUUUUCUCAGAAAAAACACAUUGUGAUGGAUUUAGAAUUAAGCUAAAUCUAAAGUGCACUUUAGCGAAUUAAACAAAUCACUGAGAUGAUAUAAUGUGAUUAAAAAACAAAGAGUCACAUCUUAGAUCAGUAUUUUUAUAUAAUUUCAAACCUUAACUAAAUGAGUGUCAAUGUGCUUUUAAUGGGAAAAUAAACAGGACUGUUAGGUAUUUUCUUCACAGUAUCGCCCCCUUGUGGACAUACAGCAACUGUGCACAUAAAAACUUCAAACUCAGCUUAAUGAGCUCCGUGCAGGUUUACAAUUCACUGAAGAAGGAAACUUUAUAUUUUUUAUUGCUCCCAGAAAGGUAAAAAUCUCGCGUACUGUAUAGAGAUUAUGGGUCAGCAGCUAUGGGAUCGCUUAUAAGCUAAAAAACUGUAGAUAUUUGUGAUGUUACUCUUUGAAGGAAGAUUUUUUUUGACAAGUAAACUGAUUGUUGGUUAUUAUACUGUGCUUUUUUCAAAACACUUGAUAUAUAAUUCAGCUGAAAUGGAUUCUGAUGUUAUAAG